AUGUGUAAACGACACUUAAAGUGGAGGUCAGCUCGGUUGUCCUCAAGUGACGACAACUGUUCAAGUCUCAAUGACGCCAUUCGUGUGCAACAGCUUGAGGAAGAACAAGAGAGACUCAAUAAUUCCUUGUUCUCGUUAAGUUCUCAUUUCGCCCAGGUUCAGUUUCGAUUGAAACAAGUUGCUGAAGCCAAAGGAGAAGACAAGGAGGCAUUAUUGAAAGAUCUGCAAGAGUUUGCCUUCAAAGGUUGUGCAGAUAUGAAUGAGCUCAAACGAUUACGUAGCGAGAGCGAAAGUGGGGAAGCAGAACGAGCUUUUAAAACAGCUGCGAGAGCAGCUGGAAGACUUGGAACGGAUAGCAUACGAAAAUGGCGAGGGGGACAUGCCGAGCACAUUGAUUCUACAAAAACAGGUUUCUUUUGGAUUUUAUACUUCAUUACUGAUGAACACGAAGUAGCAUAUUUACAUUCUGUCAGCGUUCAUCUUCAGAAAGCAGUUUUGGAUGAACUACAUGAAAAGAUGUCGUUAGACUUAGAGCUAGAAAAAAUGUCAGUUGCAGACAUCCAGAAACACGUCGAUAGUGCUUUGAAACAGCUUGUUAAUCCUUUCAAAGAGAAGCAGCAACUAGUUGAACAACUUCAAACUCAAAUAGUCGAUCUCGAGCGAUUUGUAAGCUAUUUGCAAAAAGAGAAUAACUCUCAGGAAUCUUCUCCUGCUAAAGCGCUUUCCUCUUCGCAGUUUAUUGCAAGUAAACCUAAGCCAAGCAGAUUUUUUGGUCUAGUCGGUGGUUCUGGUCAACGUUUCCAGAAGAAUCAGCUGAAAAACACAGUACAUGGAAAUCAUUACGGGGACGAAAGAGCACGUUUGCAACUGGCAGUCGAUGCUACUUUACAAGUUUUGGAAAAAUCUGAAGAAGAAGUUGUUUCGGUCGUUCGGAGACAGUUGUGUCCUUCGUUGAAGGCUUUGUUGGAACACGGUUCCAACAAAGCUAUCCCUCUUCAACAUAUCUGGGAUAUUAUUCUGUUUUUCUAUAGCUCAAAGAAUGGUCGCGAACUUAACGAUGCACCUGUGCGGAAAUUAAGCCAGUCUUUCAAGUUGGAAAAUGUGGCUGGAAAGAGCAUUACUUCUAAACAGAUUUUGCUGACAACAAUAGAGAACAUUGUUUCCUCGCACGCUCGCCUGCAUAGAUCCAAGGAUGCUCAAUGGAAGGCGUUCGUAUCUGCUGCUAUGAAUGAAAAGAAACUUCCUGCUUGGUUGCGAAUAAUUUUUCGUGCGCGCUAUGUAGUGGAGAUGUGUUAUAAUCCUUGGAGUUACGUCGCUAGAACGGGCUACAUUUUUCUUCUUCUAUGCCUGAAGUGUCCUUCUUUUCCAGGUUGUGAGGAACUCUACACUUUGCUGGAGGACUUGCAUAAGUAUAAUGUCGAACUUCCAGUCGAUCUAGCGUUAAGACCGUUUCAGCAAAUGAAGGAUGCUUUCUAG